CCAAAAAUCCAAAUAACCCAAACGAAAAUUACUACAUAAAUGCCUAACCUUUUCUUUUCUCCUCUCUCUUGCAUUUCUUGAAUUUUGUUUCGAUUACUUUAAAAAAAAUUGCCUUUUUCUGAAAGCGCUUCUAGUUUGAUCUUAAUGGAUUAUUUACUUUUCAGAAAUUAGUAGCUCAAACAAAAUUAAGAGAGAAAAAGAGAUCGUGGGUUUUUUCAAAGAAAAAGUUUCAAACAGAAAGCACAAACUUUCCGAUGUGGCUUGCGAGGAAGUUGGGGAUGACAUAAAUUCUUCUGCCAGUCCGAAGUUUUGGAUAUAAAGCAGUGGUUUUUGUAUUUUCCUUUUUCCUUUUCUGUAUCGUUUAGUAAAGUCACAUUUGGCUUAUUGGAAAUGCCUGUAAUUCGGAGGAAAAAACCCACUUCUGAACCCAACAAAAAUUCAGCAUCAGACUCAAAAACGCCAAGCGAGGAAGAGGAACAUGAACAAGAACAGGAACAAGAAGAAGAUAAAAAUAACAAAAAGAAAUACCCAAAGAAGAAGAGCAGUGAAAUCAAUGCAAAAAAAUGGUCAUGCAUAGACAGCUGUUGUUGGUUUGUUGGUUGCAUCUGCGUGACGUGGUGGGUUUUACUAUUUCUUUACAAUGCAGUGCCUGCGUCUUUGCCUCAAUACGUAACUGAGGCAAUCACGGGUCCUUUACCCGAUCCACCUGGUGUUAAGCUGAAAAAAGAGGGAUUAACAGCAAAGCAUCCAGUGGUUUUUGUACCUGGGAUUGUUACCGCGGGGCUUGAAUUGUGGGAAGGCCAUCAGUGUGCUGAUGGGCUGUUUAGGAAACGGCUCUGGGGUGGAACUUUUGGAGAAGUUUAUAAGAGGCCUCUCUGCUGGGUAGAGCAUAUGUCUCUAGACAAUGAAACUGGAUUGGAUCCUCCUGGUAUAAGGGUCAGGCCAGUCUCUGGACUUGUGGCUGCUGAUUACUUUGCUCCAGGCUAUUUUGUGUGGGCUGUUCUGAUUGCUAAUUUGGCACGCAUUGGAUAUGAGGAGAAAACAAUGUUCAUGGCCUCAUACGAUUGGAGACUUUCAUUUCAGAACACUGAGGUCCGUGACCAAACAUUAAGCCGGAUGAAGAGUAAUAUAGAACUUAUGGUUUCUAUCAAUGGUGGAAAUAAGGCAGUUAUUGUUCCACAUUCCAUGGGUGUUUUGUACUUUCUGCAUUUUAUGAAGUGGGUUGAGGCACCAGCUCCAAUGGGAGGAGGUGGUGGACCAGAUUGGUGUGCUAAGCAUAUCAAGGCAGUCAUGAACAUUGGUGGUCCAUUUUUAGGUGUUCCCAAAGCUGUUGCUGGGCUUUUCUCGGCUGAAGCAAGAGAUAUUGCAGUUGCCAGGGCCAUAGCACCAGGUUUCUUAGAUAAUGAUAUGUUCCGCCUACAAACAUUGCAACACAUGAUGAGGAUGUCUCGCACAUGGGAUUCGACCAUGUCAAUGAUACCAAGAGGUGGGGACACUAUCUGGGGCGAUCUUGAUUGGUCACCUGAAGAAGGUUACAUUCCUAGAAAGAAAAGGCAGAGAAAUAAUGCAACUGAUAAUGUAAACGAAGGUGGGGCCGAAAGUGAGAUUUCUCAAAGAAAGAUUGUUAGAUAUGGAAGAAUGAUAUCAUUUGGGAAAAAUAUAGCAGAGGCACCUUCAUAUGAUAUUGAAAGGAUUGACUUUAGGGAUGCUGUUAAAGGUCGUAGUGUGGCAAAUAAUACCUGCCUUGAUGUGUGGACUGAAUACCAUGAAAUGGGAUUCGGAGGUAUUAAAGCCGUUGCAGAGUAUAAGGUCUACACUGCUGGAUCUACUAUAGAGCUGCUUCAGUUUGUCGCCCCAAAAAUGAUGGAGCGUGGUAGUGCUCAUUUUUCUUAUGGAAUUGCUGACAAUUUGGAGGACCCAAAAUAUGAGCACUACAAAUACUGGUCAAAUCCCCUGGAGACAAAGUUACCUAAUGCUCCAGAAAUGGAAAUAUUUUCCAUGUAUGGAGUUGGCAUACCAACAGAAAGAGCUUAUGUUUAUGAGUUUUCUCCUGCUGCUGAGUGCUACAUUCCAUUUCAGAUUGAUACAUCAGCUAAUGAUGGCGAUGAAGAUGGCUGUCUGAAAGAUGGAGUCUAUACUGUUGAUGGGGAUGAGACUGUUCCUGUUUUAAGUGCAGGCUUCAUGUGUGCUAAAGCUUGGCGUGGGAAAACCAGAUUUAAUCCUUCAGGAAGUCGAACAUACAUUAGAGAGUACGAUCAUUCUCCUCCAGCUAAUUUGCUAGAGGGCCGAGGCACCCAAAGUGGUGCCCAUGUUGAUAUAAUGGGUAAUUUUGCUUUAAUCGAGGAUAUUAUGAGGGUGGCAGCCGGGGCUACAGGAGAAGAUUUGGGAGGCGAUCAAGUGUAUUCAGAUAUCUUUAAGUGGUCUCAGAAGAUCAAAUUACCACUGUAAUUGCAAAGUGCUGGAAAUUUAUUGACUCAAGCGAAUUCAUGUUACUGUGGCCAUUGCUAUAGGUUCAGGCUCCAGUUCUGAAUGCAUAGUUCUAGAUGUAUACUUUCUCAACCCUAGCCACUGUAAUAAUAUUAUCUAUUAGUUUUUGGACUACAGCUAUUUGCUUGUGAAAAAGGCAAAGAUCUUACCCCAUUCAUUCCUAUAAUCUGCAGUCAGUGGUUGAGGAAAAUUUAAUGAAACUUGCUCAUUUCUUCGUUUACAGAGAUGUGUGGACCUGAGGAUGCAAGUAAUUCCAUCAAAAACAGCUUUUCUGUUUGCUUGUGCUUGCUCUGAACAUUAUAAUUAUGGAACAAGGCAUCUAUGCUUUCUGAUUUGUUAUCUGAGAGUGACUGUGAAGGAAGCUGCAAAGCUGGCCGUGUUGCAGCAGAUUCACAUAUACAUUAAUAUAAAGCUGAAUUACAGUUGUUGCCUUUGCUCUUAUUAAGAUUCGUUUAAUAUAUGUCUCAUGUUUCUGUACU